AUGCCUCUUGCACGUUUCGGCAGACUCAUUCCCCAGCGAGGCUUCCAAAUUUCUGCCUCGUUGAAUGCUGGUCACUCAAAAUGGCAGAACAUCAGACAUGACAAGGCGAAAAACGACGCCAAAAAGUCUAAAGAGGCCCACUUUUUGGCUACUAGAAUCACUGCAUCGGUGAAGGCUGGCGGCACUGAUGGCAAUGCCCAGUUGCAGACGUUGGUUGAGAAAGCACGGAAGAUGAAUGUUACGAAAAAGAUCAUAGAGAAUGCUAUCAAAAGAGGCACUGGUGAAGUUUCGGGAGAAGCGUCAACGACAGCAUCCAUGACUUACGAGUUCAUGGGUCCUCAUGGGACUGCUUUUAUUGUCGAGGCAGAGACAGAUAACAAGGCAAGAACGAUCGGGCUUGUUAAACAUGCCAUGGCGAAGUUCAACGCCAACUUGAGUCCAUGUCAGUAUUUAUUCCAAAGAAAAGGUGAGAUCAUUUUCGACCCGCUCACACCCGAGGAGGAGCUUGACGAUGUGUUGGAGGUGGCCAUUGAUAUUGGCGCCGACGAUGUAGAAAACUACAGUGACAUCGACGAUGAAUACAAUGGGGCCAAACUUUUCAGGAUCCUCACGGAGCCGUCUGCAUUGAACGAGGUGUCCAACAGUCUAGCUGCAAAGGGAUACAAGCUUCGAGACUCCAAGACAAUCUACCAUGCUGAUAAAGACAACGAGGUCGAUUUCCCAGAAGACUUGGAAAAGUCCUUUGACAAGAUGCUCGACCAAUUGAACGAGAUCAGCGAGGUGACAAACUACUACAUGAACGUACGCCAACAACUGUAA